CGGCGAUGCCGGGCGGGAGGCAGGGCCCGGCAUGGCGGAGCUGGUGCAGUUCCGGGUGCCCGCCGGGAGCGCGCAGACGCUGCUGGUCUGGGGGCUGGAGCCGGAGCCGGGGCUGGGGCAUUCCCUGUUUUCAGCGUUUUCGAGGUUCGGGCCGCUCUACUUGGUGCAAGCGCACAGGAACGCGGCCGUGGCAGGGCCUGGCUAUUGCGCUGUUAUCAAGUUCUGUUCAGCUGGAGAUGCCAGCAGAGCCCAGCACGUGUGCAAUGGGCAGAGGCUGUUUCAGAAAUCUCCCUUGAAGGUUUGUGUUUGCACCAAGCAGAAGGGGUUUCAGCAAAAAGUCCUCGCUCUCAGCAGCAACAAGGGCCAGGAGCUGGCCAACCACUACCUUGGCUUUAACGGCUGGUCCAGUCGCAUCGUCACACUGCAGAAUGUAUCUGGCUUUGUUGGUGAGAAUGAGGACCUGGGAAGGACGUUACCUGUGAAAUACCUGUGUGCUGUGGAGGUGACACUGCCCGAACACGGGGUGCGCACAAGGGGAGUCGCCCUGGCCGAGGCAGAUGUAGAGAACAGUGCAGAUUCUCUUGAGUUGCUCACAGCAACAAGAAGAGUUCAGAAACUUGCAGCUGGGAGAGCUUUGGCUAGUGCCUUUCAGAAGAUACUCCUCAUUGUCUUAGGGAAUGGGAAAGUGGCCAUGGAGUACAGUUCCUCUCAGGAGGAGCCCACAGAUGCAACAGAAGAGGAGCUGAAGGGGCUUGUGCAGGUCAAUGAAUUCUCCUUAGAGCAGUUUGACCUCGAAGAAGAAGUUUUGUCUGACCUCAGUUUUGAUGCUGAGCCAGGAGAUGCCAUCUAAUGAGUGGAGCUUUGUCUUCGCAAAGUCCUGCAGUGUGUGAUUAGGAAUCAAAGUCUAAUGUUGAGAACUGAGUUGUGUGUCAUAGGCAGUGUUUUCAUCUUCUCCAAGUAACAGUGAAAGAAAUGGGCAAUAAACAUGGUGUUACUAAAAUUAAGCCCCAAAACACAUGGAGUUCUCAGA